AUGAAAAACCAUUCUGCAAUUACAAGAUUCAUCCUACUAGGAUUAACAGAUGACCCACGACUACAGGUUUUUCUUUCAGUAUUUCUGUUUCUCACCUACAUUUUCACUGUUGCUGGAAAUCUGAUCAUUAUCCUCCUCACUCUGGUGGAUUCUCACCUUAAAACACCCAUGUACUUUUUCCUUCGGAAUUUCUCCAUCUUAGAAAUAAUAUUUACAACUGUCUGUGUUCCUCGAUUUCUGUACAGCAUGACGACUGGGGACAAAAGUGUUACCUACAAUGCUUGUGCCAUCCAAUUAUUUUUUGUCAUCCUCAUUGGGGCAACGGAAUUUUUUCUUCUGACUGCCAUGUCCUAUGACCGCUACGUGGCCAUCUGCAAGCCCCUGCACUACAGCACUAUCAUGAAUGAAAGGGUGUGCACCAUUCUGGUCCUUUGCUGUUGGCUGGUGGGGUUAAUUGUCAUACUCCCACCGCUUAGCCUGGGAGUUCAGCUAGAUUUUUGUAACUCUAAUCUCGUUGACCAUUUUGGCUGUGAUGCGUCUCCCCUUCUGAGGAUUGUAUGCUCAGACACUCAAUUUGUAGAGCAACUUGUUUUAAUCAUGGCUGUGCUGACCCUCAUAUUGACACUAGUCUGUGUAAUCAUAUCCUACACAUACAUCAUCAAGACUAUUUUAAGACUCCCUUCAGCUCAGCAAAGAAAAAAGGCUUUCUCCACCUGUUCUUCUCACAUGAUUGUAGUUUCCAUCACAUAUGGAAGUUGCAUCUUCAUCUAUAUCAAACCAGCAAAGGAAGGAGUGGCCAUUAACAAGGUGGUGUCAUUGCUCAACACCUCAGUUAUCCCUUUGAUGAACCCUUUCAUUUAUACUCUCCGGAAUAAGCAAGUCAAACAAGCCUUCAAGGACUCAAUAAAAAGAUGGCGUUUCUUUCAAAGAAUUAGGAAACUAAAAAGAUUUUUAAAAAUAAAAAAAAAAAUAAGUAUUUCAUCUUUUACUAUGUAUUCUAAUUCAAGUCUGCAGUACAGUACUGAAGUAACAGUCUGA